ACUGUGUACAUUUAAUGUCUUCACUUAUGUUCUGUGUGAUGUUCUCUCCUGUGUGCACUUAUUUUCUACUGACAUAUGUACGACUUUAACAUAAUUAAUAAUAAUCAUAAUUUUCUUUAUCAACUCAGAAAUAUAAGACCUUUUAUGUACUUUGGACUAGUUUGAUCAUUUGAAUACGAUGGCAAUGUAGAUGUUUCCUUGUCAUGGCAUUACUAACAGUUGAAGCCAAGCUUUUGUUUCAUUGUAAAUGUUCUAUAACUGUGGAAACCCCUGCCAAAUCGCUGAUUAACCCAUUAAGUACCAAUACAUGCUUAUUAACCCUUCUAAUCCUGCUUGCUCAUUGUUUCCCAGAUGAAGUAGUCCCGUCAACAGGUGAGUUUGAUGAGUGUCUGGAGGGCACCCACCACUGUCACCCACAAGCUCGGUGCACGAAGAUGAAGGGUACCUACCGAUGUGACUGCCUCGACGGAUAUGUUGGGGAUGGAUUCACUAAAUGUGAACCAUUUUGCCAUGGCCGAUGUCUCAAUGGAGGAAAGUGUUUGGCACCAAAUGUCUGUGAGUGUCGCCAUGGAUAUAUAGGCCCCAACUGUGAACUUGACAUAGACGAGUGUGCACUGGGUAUAUCGUCAUGUCGUGGCCACUCCGUCUGUAUUAACCAGCCUGGAUGGUACCAGUGUGACUGUCUUGAAGGUUUCCAUAGCAACUGGCCAGACAACCAUUAUGGCAGCCUCUGUCUAGAUAUUAAUGAAUGUGCUGGAGAAGGAAACGGACACACAUGUCAUCCCACAAUGCAUUGCAUCAAUGAGGAAGGAUCAUAUCAGUGUGGAUGCAUAAACAACAGCACAUGUCUGCAAAACUGCUUGUUUGAAGGCCAGGAACACAAGAACGGUGACACAUGGCUCUCCACAGUGGACAAGUGUCUUGCUUGCACCUGUCAGUCUGGGGUGACCACAUGCCACAAGAAGGAGUGUGACUGCGGCGAUACCGAGGUGGACAACGACUGCUGUCCCUACUGCAACCUGACUGCCCAAUGCCCCCACCAGGAGUUCUCCCUCUUCAUGCAGAACGGGGAGAGGUGGACCUUCCAGUGUCAGACCUGCGAGUGUCUGCAAGGAGAGAUAGACUGCUGGCCCCUGGAGUGCCCCGACGAUCAGUGUCACAACAUGGUGCAGGAGAAGGGAGACUGCUGCCCACGCUGCAUUGACGACAACCCCUGCAUCAACCCCAACCUGGGGCUGGGGGGUCAGGACCACUCUACCACCAAGUGCAUGUAUCUGAAUCAUCAGUUCGGCCACGGUGAUUCCUGGGUGCUGGAGAGUGACAAGUGUACAUCCUGCGAAUGCAAGGCUGGUCACAUCUGUUGUUCCUUCAACCAAACCUGCUAUGCUGAGGUUGGCCUACCUACUGCCGCUCCCCAAGACCAGAUCUCCCUGGGAUAGUAUCAUCCAGCUGAAGCUGACCUGGACCAGAUCAAACCAGAUCAUCCCAUUUGGACCAGAUCAGACUGGUCAACUGUGCUAUGACCAGAUAAAACUUGAUUAAUCUGGAGUGAUCCACCUUGGACCAGAUAAUCACAUUGCUAUGAUCAGAUAAAUAUCUGGUAUGAAUAUAGAUUCUGUUUUAUUUUGUUUCAUGUUGACUGACUGAAAUAAGUUUUGCACUUUGAAUUCUUGAUGGCUGUAAUGUUGUUUAAAAAUUACCUCAGACUCUGCAUCGGCUCGAUCUGCUCUUCACUGUAGGGAUUGCAUACAGGAGACUUAGCUGCUCAUGCAUGUCACGGAGCAGGCUGUCAGUGGUUUGGAAAACUCACAAGAUGUGACAGCCAAUAGAGCUUCAUCAGGAACAAAGGGCUACGGAGGUGGAGUCUUUAUGAUUAUGGAAAUGGUUUUCUUGAUUUUAUGUUAGGAUAUUGGACAAUUUGGACAUCGUUGUCUUUCUUGAAUUUAGCAGUUGUGUCAUCUCUGCUCAGAAUGCUCUUGGUAUAGUCCUGCUCCUCCAGGACUUCCUUUAUAACAGGAAACAGAGUCUGUGGAAAUUGUACAUAUUCAUGUCCAACUGGUGUAGCAUGUCUUCUCAGAAGGCUGUUGAGAUCACUCUGCUCCUAUGGAACAAAAAACAAUGACUGUGGAAAUUGAAUAUCAUCCUGAUUUCAAUUAAUGCAACAUCUCCUGCUCAGAAUGCUGAGAUUGUCCUUUUCAUGUAGAACAGAGGACAGAGUCCACGGAACCAACCUGAUGCAUCAUCUCCUGAAUAGAGUUCUGUGGAGAUUGUUUUAAUGACGUAGACCAGAGGGCAAUCUAUACAAAAUCCAACUUAUGCAUCAGUUCCUGAGCAAAAUGAUCUCAGAUCCUUCUUGAGGUAUUGGAGUCAGGGUUGUUUCCAACUGUCCUAGCCAUCUUGAUAUGUUGUGAGAUUGGACAUGGCGCUAAUACUGAGAACACUGGAUGCUGGUACUGAAGCUGGGACAGCUUGUUGCUAUUACCAUGUUUGUGAUAAUGUGAUACAAGAUGUGCUUCAAACACAUCCAGAUGAUUCUUAAAAACACAUCCAGAUUAUUCUUGUUAGAGAUAACUUUUUGUCAUCAAACUUCUUAAAGGAUAUUUUGUUUUGGAAAUGUGUUUCUUGGGAUCAUCAGUGAAACAGCACAUUAUGCAUGAAAUAUUGGUACAUGAGAAUUUAACAAAAGUAUCACUGCAUGGAUUUAGAGACCAUUUUGACACCUUGACCCAAGCAAAUGUGUUUACGUGAUCUCUGCUUCUGUAGUUGUUCCAAAUUGAUAAAUAAAUUAUUGAUACAAAAUUUGUAGUAAUUAUUUUAUCAAAAUAUAGAAUAUUUAUAAAAUUGGGCUUGGAACAGCUAUUUUAGUGAAAAAAUGAUGACAAAAGUACUAUUUUCCUGCUGACUCCAGGAAGACGAGUUGCUAGUAAUUAUCCUGAAAGUAGUCUUGCUAUGACACAUGUAUGAUAUUACUGUUUUUGUCACAGUGUGUGUGAUGAUGAUCAGCCUUACCUCAUUGGGUGUAUACGGUAGAUACCUACAGUUUAGCUGUUUGCUUUCUAUUGUAAUAUAUUUGAAUUUCAUGUUUUUAUAGUGUUGAUAUGAAUUAUUUAUGAAUCAGUUUUGUUCUGAUUUUGAUAUUAUGUAUCAUAGAAUUGUCAUUGCAUAAUUUACAUAAUUACAUAUUAUUCUCAGAUACUGUAUUUAGUAGUUCAUAAUUUCAAUGGUAUGGUUGUCAUUAAUUGAUUACUAUUAAUCAUAAUUAUCAUCAAAAAGUAUAAUAACAAGCUUUCUGUUAUAUAUUUCAUUUCAAAGUACCUUUUACUUCCUAGUGUUCAAGGGAUAGCUUUAAACUGAACUGACUUAGUCUUAUUUCGUAUGGAAUGUGGAUAGUUGGUGUUAUGAAAAGUGAUGACAUAUAUUUUUAAAAUAGAAAUAAAGAUAUAAUGUAUGUGACAUAAUAACUGUCAAAUUGUUCUCACAAUGUCUAUCAGUUGUUGUUUACCGAUAGGUUGAUAAUUGAGUUAUUUAAAUGAAGUUUACUUAUAAGUGGUAGAAAGAGAUUAGAUUUUUAUGGUUAAUUGGAUGUUAAAAUAUUUAGCUUUGUCUAAUGGUAAUGAUAAAAAAUGUUGUAUAUUAAUAUUACCGUAUUCGACGUAAUAAGCGCCCAGGGCGCUCUCAAAAUUAGAAAUAGGGGGCUCUUAUUAGAAUAUUAUUUUGGUGGAAAAAAACAGAGUUGAAAGAUAAAUUUCGUGG